CUCAACCGACUGAGCCCCCCAGGCGCCCCACACCUGCAGAUUUUAACUUACUGCGAAGCUAUAGUAGACAAAACAGUAUGGUGCUGGCAUAAGAAUAGCCAUGUAGCCCAAUGGAAUGCAGUAGGGAAUCCAGAAAUAAACCUUCCGAUUUACAGCUAAUUGAUUUUUGACCAGGAGGAUUAAGAUCAUUCUUUGGAGGAAGAAUUGUCCCUUUAUCAAACGGUGCUGGGACAAUUGGAUAUCCACCGGGAAAUAAAGUUGAGCCCCUCCUCACACCGUAUACAAGAAUGAACUCAAAAUGGAUCAAUGGCCUAAACAGAAGAACUAAAAUCAUAAAACUCUUAGAAGAAAACACAGGGGUAAAGCUUCAUGACCUUGGAUUUGGCAAUGAUUCUUAGCUAGGACCCCAAAAGCCUAGGUAACAAAGGAGGUCAUGACUGUUUGAGGGAGGCUUUGGUAGCCACUUGCCAAUCUUGCCAACUUUUCUUUGGCUCCACCUAGAAGCCUGCUAACGACGUGCACACAUGCAGAGCCCCGUUUCAAUAGGCUGACGGCAAAGGAAGGCUUGGGGCCGCACGCGGCGGCACACUGAGCCUUCACGCCUGGUCUUGCUCCUGGUCUGCAGAGUUCCCAUGCUCCUGCUGCCUUCUUCCCUGCUUCCUUUGGUGUCCGCUCCCCUCAGGGUUAGCUUGCUGCACUGGGCAUGGAGGGUCCACCCUGGCAACUGAUCCUCUGACCAGGGCGAUGAUAGUAUUUUUAUUCACAUGCUUUGCCUUUUCAUUUCCCAUACCUGUGUGGAAAGAAAAGGAGUCAAGCGGAAAAUGCCCCCAGUACAGUCAGGCUCUUGGCAGGGUGAAGAGCGGCACGGAAUGCGUGCUGCUUGGCUCCGUGGCGUUCCUGAGCGUGGUGGUCAGCGGACAGCACCGGACGAACGUGCUUCCUGGUGACAGCCGGAGGUCUCAAGCAACAUGCCGGAACAGAGCAACGACUACCGCGUGGCCGUGUUCGGGGCAGGGGGUGUUGGCAAGAGCUCGCUGGUCUUGAGGUUCGUGAAGGGCACGUUCCGGGAGAGCUACAUCCCCACGGUGGAGGACACCUACCGGCAGGUGAUCAGCUGCGACAAGAGCAUCUGCACGCUGCAGAUCACGGACACGACGGGCAGCCACCAGUUCCCGGCCAUGCAGCGGCUGUCCAUCUCCAAGGGCCAUGCCUUCAUCCUGGUCUACUCCAUCACAAGCCGACAGUCCCUGGAGGAGCUCAAGCCCAUCUACGAACAGAUCUGCGAGAUCAAAGGGGACGUGGAGAGCAUCCCCAUCAUGCUGGUGGGGAACAAGUGCGACGAGAGCCCCAACCGCGAGGUGGAGAGCGGCGAGGCCGAGGCCCUGGCCCGAAAGUGGAAGUGCGCCUUCAUGGAGACCUCGGCCAAGCUCAACCACAACGUGAAGGAGCUCUUCCAGGAGCUGCUCAACCUGGAGAAGCGCAGGACCGUCAGCCUCCAGAUCGACGGCAAAAAGAGCAAGCAGCAGAAGAGGAAGGAAAAGCUCAAGGGCAAAUGCGUGGUCAUGUGAAGGCCCGUCGGCGGGAGGAGCCGUGGCGUGUCCCCCCAGUCCCGUCCCCUCCCCCUCCCCACGUGACACCCACCGUCGUCAGGGUAGCAUGUACGAUGCCUACGUGUUCAAUAUCGCCUUUGACCCAGACGUGCCCUGUCGUCCCCGAGAGGGCCUCUCACACCACCCCCGACAAGCACCCGCUCUCCAGAAUCAGGGAUUCCGCCCAGCGGUUCAGAGGGAGACCCCCGCGCCGGGCACCGCGGGGAACUGAGAGCGGCGCGGCUGUCCCUGAAGGCGGCUUAGGCUGGAGGAGGCAUCAGCUGGCAGCUGCGGGAGCAGUCGGGGCUGGCGGGAGCGGGUCCCAUCUGCAUGCGUGUGACAGCGUGGGACCCCGCAGCUGCGGCCCAGCCAGACCAGGCCUUUCCCUCCGCUCGCUCGGGAGCUGGACACCCUUGGGGGCGGGAGGGGUGGGAGGUGAGGAGCCCAGGUCCUUGAGCUGAGUUACAAACAUCACCGCACAGUGUCCCCCGGGGGCGCUCCCUGUCGGGUCCCUGACUCGUGAGCCUUUCUGCUCUAAGGGGAGGCACUCCCAUCACUAGACCUAGUUAACAGGUGUCCCUGUCACUUUUUGGAGUAUUGAUUUCACAUACAAUGAUGAGCUCAUGAAGGGUCUCCUGCUGGGUCAGAGACCCUUCAGGGUGGGAGUGAGGAUAUUUUGACAAGACUAACGCAGUGCGGUAACGCUCUGUGUGUUACCCUGGAGGGUUCUAGAAAUGUGCUUUUUCCUUCCUUUGACCCAGGAGGGGUCUGCUGCUUCUAGCCCCUCAGAUUUUAAAUAAAUGCAAUUAAAGUAGCUAUUUUUAGACAAUUAUUUUCCCUCCAAGAUGGUUUCCUUCUUCUCAAUAACUCCAUCUGUAUCCAGCUGGGAACAGCCAUCAAAGGCCAUCCGAAGCCCAGAAGCACACCCGUUUUCUAAAUCACCUGGGUAUCUAUAUGCCGUACUUCGCACCUCAACGAAAUACUUUGAAACAGAAGUUGUUCACUGUGUUUUGCUGCUCUGUCUGUAACAGAAGUACAUUCCUGGAACAUGUGUUCGCGUAAUAGAUUAUCUUGCAUGCUCCGUUAUCAGUGUCUUCCAAGAGCUGUUCAAUGCGCUGUUCACUCCGGAAACAAUGAUCUUUUCCUCUUAAUGACCUUGUGUGCAUUUUUAAUCCUCCAGACCCAAUCAGGGCCUCUGUGGGUUCCUGCAUGCUGGCAAGGAGACAGGAUGGUGGCUGGAGACAGGCAGGCUGCUCUGUCCUGCGCAGGGCACAGCCCACUUGGCUUAGCUGCUCUGUCCAGUCUGGUUUGGCUCUGCUUCCAGAAGGUUCCCACUGACAGAGCCCAUGAGUCCUCCUGUUUGUUCUAGUUGGCAUAGCUCACACUGGCCCCGACUCCAGAAUCUUCCUUUCAGCAGGGCUUCCUGCAUGGAGUGAGUGCUGCGGGCCUGGGUUGGUGCGGGAGCCCCCGGCUAUCGGGCAGCCGCACCAGCCUCCGCAGAGCGGUCAAGUUGGGGACAUUUGCAUGCAGCCUUUCGGUUCUGCUCUUCUCUCCUGCCGCCGCUGUGUCUUGCCGCCUGAGCAGGGCCGCAGCCGCGGGCAGCUCCGUGCACUCAGCACCCCCUCCGUCAGCCCUUUCUGGUUCAGUGUCCUUGCCUCUGCUCUUCCUCUGUGUUUUGCUCUGAAGUCCCCUUGUGGUGCACACAGUGUGUGGGAGGCACCUUGAGAACCAACCACCCCAUUGUCUUCCCAGUCUUGGCCUCCUAGAGGCACCCUGAGCAGGGAGGGUGCGGAAGCGGGGGCCUGGGAGCCAGAGGGCUCAGGGAGCCCAGAAGGACGCCUCAGCGAGACCGGAGGCCCCGGUAGGUCCCGAGGGAGGCACCCUGCCCGUCGUGGCUGCCCCACAGCCUUCACAGUGACACCUAGCUGGUGAAUUUUCUAGAACAUUUAUUUUUCAACCUAUCCUUAUUUUUUUUCUAUUUCUAUUCUCAGAGAAAUGUUGUCAGCUUGUCAUUUGGAUGUGGGUUAAGUGGAAGCAGAAACAGGACAUCAUGGGGUUAAUCGGGGGCCGGGGUCUGCCACGGGCUGCGUGUCCCUGCGGCUCCCGGCGUGAGGCCUCCCUGCCCGGCGCCCUGUCCGCACUGGUACAAGUCACAGUUCCCGUCCCACCUCUCACACCCGUGUCUGCCCUUCAAGCGUUUAAAGCUUCAUCAAUAGGAGAAGCUUCUGAUGGCUGAAAAUCAGGGUGUAUUCAGGACCCAUUUUGUUCCUCUGUACCUUGCCUGUGAGUUUCUAGGAAGGCCACCGACGCCUCAGUCACGGGUCUUCUCUCUGCUCUGCUUUCUAUGAACCACGCUGAGGGUUUGAUGAUGAUCUCAAAACAGUCUUUGAGGAGAUCCCAGUUGUCUCAGGGCUCGAGACGUUAGUUCCACGGAAUCAGACAUGUUUAGCAUGGAUGCGGCCCCGUCCUGAGUAAUGUGGCUGUGGCUCUGAAGGGCCCAGCCUACAUUGCCCACGGGCACAGAGGUUGUUGACCUAGCUACAGGACGUCACGAAACUCAAAAUAUUGCUUUGAAGGUGGCAUUCCGGGGAUAAGCAUGGGGCUCCAUGAGUCCCCUCCUGUCCCUUCCGGUCCCUCCUCCAUCUGGUGACAAGCCAUGGACGUGCCCUGAGCAUGCAUGCAAUACAGGAAGACCAACACAAGAGCAAUAUCGAAUUGUUUAUUAGAUCUAAAAUUAUAUAUAUAUUUUAUAUAUAUAUAUGAUUUAUCUUCCCGCAUUUUGAAGUAUAAAGCAGUACCUUGUACAUAUCUGUAAGCUAGCAUACUUGUUUCACCAUUUCUAAUACUGAAGAAAUGCUCAUUCUUUGUAGAACGAAUAACUAUUAAAGGUUUUAAAAACUGCUCUGUGAUACUUAAUUUCCUUUCCAAGAUUUGUAAAGUGUCGCUCCUGCGUAAGCUCUCCGGAAGCAUCCGUCACUAACGGGACACACGUAAACCCUCGUAGCCCCAUCCUGGAACUCGGUGCCCCACGGAGACAGUACGUGGACAAGAGUAUUUACAGAGCAUGACUUUUAUACGUGUGGGACAUCAACGGGUAUAUUUAUAUUUACAGUGUAUAUUGUUACAGUUCCGUCAUCGAUUCUAUUCUAUUUACUCUUCAGUUAAAAAAUCGCCCUUGCAUACCAGUUUCCAGUUACCAGUGAUGUUCUGAAUAUGAAACCUACUGAAAUAAAGCUUCAGUUCUGACCCCCUGGCUGGAAGGUGGUGGUGUUUCUGA